UGCUACUGCUAACGUUUAACGUUAGAUGCUAAACCGACGGGGAGGGGCGGUUGGUUGUGGAUUUUGUAGCUAGCUGGAAUCAACUGAUCGAAAUCGUUACGCACGAUCCGCCAUUCCUCCGACAGUUGUCGCGAACAACCAUCGUUAUUGGAUGAAUUCGGCAUGGAGAAAGUAGCGGAGCCGUCUUGGACUUCUUCGUACACCUACCAGGUGAGCAAGCACAGUGCGGAGAUGCUACACAACCUCAACGUUCAGAGGAAAGAUGGAGGCAGGUUCUGCGAUGUGGUCUUACGCGUCGGCGAGGAGAGCUUCCCUGCCCACAAAGCUGUGUUAGCCGCCUGCAGUGAGUAUUUCGAGUCGGUCUUCAGUCGCCAGACGGAGGGCGACGGCGACGCCAAGGAGCUGGAGAUGCACACGAUCAGCCCGAAAGUUUUCAAAGACAUCUUGGACUUCGCCUAUACCUCCAGGAUCGUGGUGCGACUGGAGUGCUUCCCGGAGUUGAUGACAGCUGCCAAGUUUCUGCUGAUGCGGUCGGUCAUUGAGAUCUGUCAGGAGGUCAUCAAACAGUCCAACGUACAGAUCCUGGUGCCGACCUCUCGGGGAGGAGAUGCCAGCCUUUUUCAGGCCACGGGGGCCACGGAGCUGGGUUUCCCGGUGCCACAGCAGGAUCUGGUAAACGGAACGGGAAUGCUGGUGAACGGUCAGGGCUUUGCUAACAAUGCGCAGAUGCAUGUGGAUGGGAGCGAAGACGCCGCCGCCGUGUUACUAGAGGACGGCGGCGAGUCGUCGGUGCCAAUGUUGGAGCCUGUCGAAGGACUGUCGGUUUCUCCAUCAACGGAAAUAACGGGGAACACACUUCAUCACGACGCUGGCUCCCCGGGGUCAAAGAGGGGCAGGGGGAGACCAAAGAAAGCUGGUGGAGUAGUGGAGGCUGUACACUUCAGUCACAGCACCCAGAAAGACAAUGGGCUGUUUCCUUGCGGGACUUGCGGCAAAGCCUUCACAGAAGCUUCCCGCUUGAAGAACCACGAAGCGCAACACGGAGCCUCCAGCGGCGGUGUAAACAACGUCGGUGACAGCCUGUCAACAGCGGGCGGUAUGCCUAUCAUGUCUCAUCCUGGUCUGGUGGAAAACGGCUUGCAGUUACACGGAGGGCUGGCGCUUGAUAACGGUCGCAAACGGGAGCGGACCCGGCGCCACGUCGGCUGUGACAUAUGCGGGAAAGUUUUCCGCGACGUUUACCACCUGAACCGACACAAGCUCUCCCAUUCCGGGGAAAAGCCGUACGCAUGCCAUGUGUGCGGGCUCCGGUUCAAACGCAAGGACAGGAUGUCGUACCACGUGCGGUCCCAUGACGGGUCGGUCGGAAAACCGUACGUGUGCCAAAGUUGUGGCAAAGGUUUUUCAAGACCCGACCACCUGAAUGGACAUAUCAAACAAGUUCACACAACAGAGAGACCCCACAAGUGCCAGAUUUGUAAUGCCUCCUUUGCUACAAGAGAUCGCCUCCGGUCACACCUCGCAUGCCAUGAGGACAAAAUCCCCUGCAAAGUUUGUGGCAAGUUCCUGCGCGCUGCCUACAUGACAGACCACCUCAAGAAACACAGUGAAGGAACACAUAACUACUGUGGCAUUUGCAACAAAGGUUUCUCCACUGCGUCCUACCUUAAGGUGCAUAUAAAGACACACCAUGGCUCUCCACUGCCCCCCUCUGCCACAAUGCACACCUUCCCUGAGCCAAGGGGGGGACUGCAGAUGCACAACGGCACCCCUUACCACAUGGGACGCCAGUGCUCAGUGGAAGACCUGUGCGCCAGUCGCCAGCUGCUUCUCACCUCGUCUGAGGCAGAGGGUCGCUUUCAUGGGCUCUCUGGACACCCAGUUCUACCCCAGCCUGGCCCUCCAGCCUUGGGCCUGCAGCCUGAGCUGCUCAUGGGGAAGCCAGGUGGGACUCCAUAUUUCUGGGAGUGUCGCUCUGGUGGGGUGCCUGGCUUCCCCGUCCAUGGGCCUGUCACAGAUGGACAGGAAAACGCAGGAAAAUGUCCUCACCUGGAAUCAGAAGAAUCAGAUCCUUCAUUUGGCGAAUUGCCCAAUGGUGACGAGCUUAAAUCUCCACACAAACCUGAUAGGCCAGAGCUCGAGAUGCCCUCUUUAGCCUGUAACGGAGCCUCUGCAGGGGCACUGGGGUCCCCAGAGGGAUCCAAAGCCAAGACGGACCCUGAGAAGAAGUUUACCUGCGGGAUCUGCGGUCAGGCCUUCCGCACCAAGUCCUACCUCAACAAGCACCAGCACAGAGUUCACAAAGCCCAAAAGGCCCAGGGGGUUUCAGGGUCUGGCUUAAGUGAGCUGGCCCCGUCCCUGACCUCUCCUUUCUCCCCUCAACAAAACAUGUCUCUGCUGGAGUCCUUUGGCUUUCAGAUUGUCCAGUCUGCUUUUGCCUCUUCACUGGUAGAUGCUGAGGCAGGUCAAAGUGGACUUGACUUUGGAGGAAAGUGACAUUUUUGCUAGAGUUGUGACAAAGCUUCUCCCUUGUUGGACAAAGCCGGGUUGCCCACAGAAGAUGCUCUGUAUUUGGGAAUAACUUUGCCUCAAGACUACUUUUUCUGUUUGUCACGUUGCUUAAUGUGUAUCAAAUAUUUUUGUCAGAGACUGCCAUAUGAUUCCUACUUUUUCUACUUUUUCAGAGUAUGAAAAGUGUACGGUGUUUCAAUUUUCUUUGUAAAGAAAUGACAUGAAGGUUUUAUUUCCUUUAUCUGACGUGGAUCUGUUGAAGUUAUGUUUGGUAGGCUUUCAGUUGUUAUUGGCUUGUGUGUUGUUCUUAGCUGCGCACAUGUUCUUGAUGUGAGAUGAAUUAUUUACUGCAUUCUUAAAAUGAGAAAUUUGUUGUCUGUUGGCCCACUUUAACUGCUCUGAUAUACUUGGUAAAUCAACCCUUGGCCCUUACAACAAUUUCUAAUGUUUCGUAUUCCUCGUUCCCCGAAAGGCUGUAAACAUACGUUUUUACCUCAGAGCAACAAGAGGGCUGAUUUCUGCAUUUAUGUUUUUCUCUGCUUAUUUUAAGGAGGAUUUUCUUUUUCUUGAGGAAACCCAUUUAAAUUGGCCUCAAUUUUGAUAACAGGCUUUGCUUGGAAUCCGUUAAUUGUGAUUAAUUUACCAUAUUCCUAACAGGCCCACGGUAUAUUUCAUCACACAUUUAUUAUAAGCAGCGAAUUUGUAUGAAAAGAGUCAGUUUAACUGCCGCUGAGUAGCACUGAUAGUUGUCAAGGACCUUAAGGAAUUAUUAUUGACAGUACUCCAGUCGUCAACAGACAGUUCAGAAGCACUUGUAUCAUAAACAUGUAUCAAUAAAACUUAAAAUUUUAAUUGUUACAGAAUCCACACAAAGCGCAUUUGGCACCAUAAAAGCUGGCAAAAAGUGAUCACACCUAAAACAAAUGAAUAAUUAAGCUACCUCACAGCAGAAAAUAACACCAUAUUGCUUUGUUGAUCAUAGUUUAAUCCAGUUUAAUUCUUUUGCUAAAUUCAUUGGAUUUCAGAAAUGAAAAAACUGUAUUUAAAGCCCCAAUAGCAGCAAAGCUUUAUAGUUUUUCCAGUAUUUUUAAGAUCCCAAUCUCUAAAAAAUGCUUUCAGUCAUACUGAUACAACCAACAGUUUUUGUUUUUUUUAAUUAUUAUUAUUUUAGAAAAGCAUUUUAGGAUUGUUAUCAUUCACCAUCAACCCCUAGCGGUUGUGAAUCUUAACCAGAAAGCCCUGGAACACUGAUGAGAUGGCUGACAGGAUGUGCAAAUCUACUGGCAGCUCAUUUGGAUGUGAAAAGCCCUUUAUCCUUUAUAGAUUUGAUGAUUUGAUGAAAAACUGCAAAAAUAACGAGAGGAAAACCAUUUAUUAUUGUGAUCUAUACUGUGUACAGUAUAUUUUAUUAAAAUUUAGAAAUUAAAUAGUUUUUUUUUGUUUUUUUUUAAAAAUCAAGUCUGCAUAAAUUUUGAUUUGAAAUUGGUCUUGAAACAUGCCUUGAGCUUGUUGGGAAUUAGCUUUGUUACUACCCCCCCGGCCACAAUGACAAUAUUUCCAAGUAUUGUUUGUUAGGUAUUAAAUCAGUUGUGUACAUUAAACAGGGACCAAGGUCAGGUAUAUUUUCAUUAUAUAUUUUGAGAAAUGUAAAUUAUAUUUUAUU